UUAGCUAUCCUUGCUACAGUUUAGGUUGGGACCUGGAAGCCUGAAUCGUCCGAUUUCACGAUCCUUGCCACAGUUUCCCUCCGCAUCUAUACUACUAGCAAGCACCGGAGGUUGGUUCUUCCUCCCUCGUCCCUUCCCUUCUCUUCCCAAUUUGUGCAUACAUUACACACAGAUCUCAACCGUUCGAGCGGGAGGCUUCUCCGCGUUUCUUUUGUGUUUCGAAAUGGAUCCGAACGCAGUAAAGUCCACUUUGUCAAAUCUUGCCUUUGGAAACGUAAUGGCUGCAGCUGCCCGUGAUUAUCAGAAGGAAUUGCUUGCACAAGAGAAGGUGCAGGCAUCGAGUUCUUCCAACCAGGAGGUUGACCUUGAUGAUUUAAUGGAUGAUCCUGAGUUGGAAAAAUUGCAUGCAGAUAGGAUUGCAGCUCUUAAGAAAGAAGCAGAGAAACGGCAGGAAUGGAAGAAGAAAGGUCAUGGGGAGUACAGGGAGAUAACUGAAGGGGAUUUCUUAGCUGAAGUCACCGGAAGUGAAAAAGUGAUUUGUCAUUUCUACCAUAAGGAGUUCUAUCGGUGCAAGAUAAUGGAUAAGCAUCUAAAGUCCCUUUCAUCAAAGCAUAUAGAUACGAAGUUCAUCAAGCUUGAUGCAGAGAAUGCACCAUUCUUCGUUGCAAAACUGGCAAUAAAGACUUUGCCUUGUGUCAUACUGUUCAGGCAAGGAGUUGCCGGAGAUAGAUUGAUAGGAUUUCAAGAUUUGGGAGGGAAAGAUGAUUUUUCCACAAGAACACUCGAAGCUCUGCUCAUAAAGAAAGGCAUAAUUGAUGAGAAGAAAUAUGAGGAUGAUGAAAAUGAUGGAUAUGAUGAAACUACGCGCAGAGCAGUCAGAUCAUCGGUCGUUGCUGAUUCAGAUUCUGAUUAAAAAUUAAUCCACUAAUGGUGUCAUGGAAGUUUUUAGAGUCAAGAUUUUGCUUUGUUCAUAUUUUAUUUUUCAAGAUCUCUGGUAGUCUGGUUUGUAUAAUCAUCAUUGUUAAAUUGAUGUUUAUUUAUGAGAGGGAAAUUAAAUCCGUGACAAUACUGAAACCAUGUGCUUGUAUAACCGGUUUGAAUUGCUUUGGGGCCAAACCAAGUUGAAAUAUGCAAAUUUUGAUAUUAUAUUUUCUA